UGUGUGUAAUUAACUUUCAUUUUCUCACAUUGCCUCCUGUCAAAAGCGAGUAAACAGUAAACGACGAUGAAGCCCCAAAUUGAAAGGAUGUCUCAAGACGAGUGAGUGAGAGUACUGCAAAUCGACUAAUUCUACUUGCGGAUUCCUUUUCUUAAACCCUAGCUACACUGGACUAGACUAGAGCAGCAUUAUUAUGGAGUAUCAAAACCCUACAAGAACUCAAUCGGAUAUCAUCAGCACCCUUCCUCUAAACAUUAUUGAACAUAUUUUGGCCCGAAUGCCACUUCGAGAUGCACUGAGAACGAGCGUUUUGUCAAAGAAAUGGCGCUAUACUUGGCGGAGCAUGCCUAAACUUACAUUUACAGACGAUAUGGUCAAACUACCGUCUAAUCAGUGUUGCGGACAGUUGAUGAAGUAUAAGGUUGCCUAUGCCAUCUUCCACGUUCUGUUGUUACACAAUGGUCCGAUAAUACUAGAGUUCAGAUCAUUGGUUGGUCAUCUGCGUUUGGAUUCUGAGUUUGCCCCGAUAAUAAGUUAUCUUGAAAGGGGAAGUAAAGUGAAAAGGCUUACCUUCUUUCGUGUUAAGGUUCCUCCUCAAAUGCUUCAACAGUUCCUCUCCAAGUGCCCGCUGCUUGAGUAUCUCUGUUUGAUUGGAUCUCAAAACGGCCUUGACUUUGUGGCAGGAGAAACCAAGUUUACAUUUGUUGAUCUUUUUUCGGUGUGUGCCUUUGAUUCAGACUUUGGAUAUCUCAAAGUAUUACAUGAAGGUGGCAUGCCACAUAAGCUUCCAGAUUCACUAGUCCAUCUCAAAUAUUUGUUUUUGGAUGUGUGCAUGGCCGAAAAAAAUGAGAUUUCUGCGUUGCUUUGUAUGAUAAUGAGCUCCUCGUUGUUGGAGAAAAUUGGUUUUCUGAUGUGUGAUAAUGAGAAGUUGGAUCAUCUUGAGACAUUGGAGAUGAACUUGGAUCCACAAGACUACCCAGAUAUGAAGUUGGAUCAUCUUGUGUCGUUGUGGAUAGAGGACUUUAGUAACUUACGUCUUGAGAUGGAAUUUGUGAAACUCAUCAUGGCCAAGUCACCUGUGCUAAAGAAAGUGCGAAUUGUGCUUGAUGGCAAUGUUUCUGUUGAUGAAGAACUGGAGAUGCUUAGAGAUUUGGUUUUACACCCAAUUCCACGGGCAUCACCUUCUGCAAAGUUAGCCAUUGUACGCCCAAAAACUUCUUCAUGAAGGUUGGUAUUUUGAUGACGUGACGCUGGUUAAUUUCCUUAAGAACUUAGGAUUAAGGAUUGCCGUUGUGUGAGGCUUUAAUAGACUAUUAUGUGUGUGGAUUUUGCUGAUUUUGUUUUGUGUUGAUCAUGAAAUGCGAGUUUCAACUUUGUGACAAGUUUGAAGCUUUCAUUGAAAGUGGGGGGGGGGGGGGGGGGUUAUUCCACGGUCCUCCCAACCGCCGAGGUGAUCCCACCUCGCAGACCGCCACCCAGCAAGCCUGAGUCUGGGGGUAAAGUUUUAAGCUUUCAUUGAAAGUAAUCAUGGUUUUGUAUCCAAUUGAGUCCAAUAUGUAUUUGGCUAAAAGUUCACUUCAUAUAAACUAAUGUGGCAUGAUCAGCAUGUUUAUGCCGCUUCCUUUCGUAUGUAAUAAAUAAUUUGCACUGUA